AUGACAUUCCAUGUAGAUGUGAAGUACGAGUUUGGCGGACCUCUCGGUGCAUCGGCCAUCACCUUCGGCCUGCCCAUCCUUCUUUAUUUCUUUGCCUUCGCCUGCAAUGACGUGUCUGGCUGCCCGGCGCCCUCUCUGUUGAAUCCGCAGACGCUGAGCUGGGAAAAAGUGCGGGCGGAGAUCGGCUGGCCCGCGGGCGGCCUGAGGCAUCUCGGCAGUUGGCAAGCGACCGGCGUCGUGGUGGUUUAUUAUUGCUUCAGUCUGCUAUUGUGGAGAGUCUUGCCCGCGCAGAUCACGCAUGGCACGAAACUGGCUCACCAUGGACGUCCGUUGGAAUAUCGCUUUAAUGCAUUUUCGUCCACCCUCGUCCAUCUGGCCAUCUGCGCCGUGGGGACCUAUUUCCAAGGCGCCGAUUUCAUUGUCUGGACCUAUAUGGCCGACAAUUACGUCCAAAUCCUGACUGCCAACAUCCUGAUCGCAUAUGUCCUUGCGAUAUUUGUCUAUGCGCGCAGCUUCAGUGUGAAUACCAACUACUCGAAUGACGAGAUGCGCGAGCUGGCUGCCGGAGGCCAGACCGGAAAUUUCAUAUACGAUUUCUACAUUGGCCGCGAGCUGAACCCGCGCGUCACGCUGCCUGGUUUCGGAGAGAUUGACCUCAAGACCUGGUGCGAGAUGCGCCCGGGAUUGACCGGUUGGAUCCUGCUGAAUCUGGCCUUCGUCGCCAAGCAGUAUCGGACGUACGGAUUCCUAUCCGACAGCAUCAUUUUCACGGCGUGUGUGCAGGCCUUCUACGUGCUAGAUGGGCAGUAUAUGGAAACCGGCAUUCUGACGAUGAUCGACAUCACGACAGACGGAUUCGGCUUUAUGCUCUCCUUCGGAGAUGCCCCAUGGGUGCCUUUCUUAUACUCCACGCAAUAUCGCUAUCUGUCCGUCCACCCUGUCCAUCUCGGCUGGACUGGAAUCGGCGCCGUGAUUGCCGUGUUCUCUUUCGGGCUGUAUCUCUUCCGGGCGGCGAACUCUCAGAAGAACACGUUCCGCAAGAAUCCAGAAGACCCCAAGGUCAAGCACCUCUCGUUUAUCCAGACCAAACGCGGAACCAGGCUGCUCACUGCCGGCUGGUGGGGAAUGUCCCGCCACAUCAAUUAUUUCGGAGACUGGCUCCAGGCGUUGCCGUUUAGUUUGCCCACCGGGCUGGCUGGUUAUGCGAUUCUUCCUGCAGGAAGCGCGACAGCCGCGUCUCAUGUUUUUCGAAUGCUGGAUGGACGAGAAGUUGUAGGCGACCAGGCUGCGGGCUGGGGUGUCUUCUUUACUUCCUUUUAUGUGCUCUACUUUGCGAUCUUACUGAUUCAUCGCGAGCGGCGAGAUGAUGCGAUGUGCCUGGAGAAGUAUGGCGCUGAUUGGGAGAAAUAUAGGAAGCUUGUGAAAUGGAGGAUUGUUCCGGGGAUUUAUUAG